AUGGCGCCGGUAACACACCAAAAUACCAUUUCCCCAAACUCGUUCAAGUUUCUCAUCGGGCCCGAACAGAGGCCGUACUUCCUCCGCUCCGGAGCCGUGGCCGGCCAGUCGCGCGCCCUCGACGCCCUUGUCCACGGAAGCGGAAGCAAGGAGCAAAACGAGAGGAGCGCCGUAUGGACCAACGUGGAUGAGCCCACGUUCCUCCGCUUCAGCCAACGUCAAGGUCUACGACACCGGCGGGGUCUCGUCUUCGGAGGCGGUGGUGGUGGUGGUGGAGGUGGUGGGAGGACCAAGGCCUCGUCCCCGUGGGUCAACUUUGCCCUGCUCUUCCCCGACGACGGGUCGCACACGCGCCGAAACGGACCCACGGACGACUACAGCGAAGUCUUCCUCUCGCACGCGCGCAUCUACUUCCUCGCCGAGUACUACGGCAUCGCGGAGCUCAGGCCCUCGCCGUGCACAAGCUCCACCGCGCCCUCGUGCUCUUCACGCCCUACCGGGAGCGCGUGGGCGACCUCCUCAAGCUGA